AUGGCGGCCUCACGUCGUGCGCAAAUCCAAUCGCUGUGUGGCGCACGCACUGGUCCAUUGAUCGAUCGAGUCGAGUCAUACCUUGCUGCGGUGGACAUUUGGUCGCGCCGAGGCAACCAGAAGGCGGUCAAGAAUGCAGGCACAGGCGUGGUGGCUAUUUGCUGCUACCUUGCAGCUGAGAGCCUUGACGCUCGAGUACCAGAUCGAGGCUCUGCGAUCCGAGCAAGUGGACUGCCCCCUGCCCAAUUUGCUGCUGCCGAACGCGAUUUCAGAGCAGCAGUGCAAUCCGUCUCAAGCACGUCUUCUCAGUCGCUGUCGGGACCGUCGGAUAGUCUCAACAGCACCUUUGCGGCGAGUCUAAACGCAACACCCACCAAGCGGGCCAUCGGAUCGACAACACCAAAGACGCCCACCUCGGCCAGCAAGAGCAAGGAAGCGCUACUGGCCAAAGCACAGGCUGUUCAGGCUGGCAGUCUAUUUGACCAGACUAUGCGAGCUGCUGCUCCUUCAAAUGCAACUCUGAUAUCGACAAGCACGAGCAGAGUUACAGAACAACCAGGCGCAAGUGCAUCUACCCUUGUACCAGAUGGCAUUGUUAACAAAGCAGCUCCAGCCAGUGAGACAGCGAAGGGGGAUACGUCAAUCGAGAUGCAAUCUCGCAGGAACAAGCGCCGAAGGAUGCGAAAAGUGGUGUUUGGCCUGGCAAUCCAUUCCAGUCUUAAUCGGCUAGACGACCAACAGGAGGCUAACGACGAACGCCGACGCCGAACGAGGAUCCUCCAUCUCCAGUCCACCAUCGAGAAGCUGCGCUCGUCGGACCCGACGUGGCGCUACCUCGACGCUCCUACAGACUUUCUCGUCACCAUCUCGCCGUCGCAGGACGCUGGAAGCAUGGAGGCGUGA